CAGGAAAAAGGUGUGCCUUGAAGCAUUUGAUCUUUCAAGCAUAUCGAUUACUCUCUUUAUUCGCCCAAUUUAACUACAAAGGAAAAGUUUGAACUCUUGAAUCAAAAGGAUCAAUGGAUAUUCUCAUUGCAGUUGCUGCAAAAAUAGCUGAGUACACUGUAGCACCUAUUGGAAGGCAAGUUGGUUAUCUAAUUUUCCACAAAGCCAAAUUUAAAGAGCUAAGAGACCGUGUCAGUGAUCUUGAGGGCAAAAGAGACGAAAUCAAGCAACGUGUUGAAGAAGAAAGAAGGAAUGGGAAAACAACUUUUGAUGUUGUGCAGAAUUGGUUGAAGAAUGUGAAUGAUGCCAUUGGAGAGGCAACUAAACUUCAAAAUGAUCCUCGUCGUGCAAAGGCUGGAUGUUCUAGAUGGUCAUUUCCUAAUGUGGUGACACGCCAUCAACUCAGUAGAAAAGCUACAAAAGUUGCCCAAAAAGUUGUUGAAGUACGGGGAGGAGGGGACUUUUCCCAGGUAGCUUACCGUCCUAAACUUGAUGCAGUGUCAGCAUUUACUACAAGGAGUAGUCAAAACUUGGAGUCAAGAAAACCAAUUAUGGAGAAUAUCAUGCAUGCUCUAAGAGACCCCAAAGUAAGUAUGGUUGGAGUCUACGGGCUUGGUGGUGUUGGUAAGACCACUCUGGUUGAAGAAGUUUAUCAAAUAGCUAAGGAAAAUCAGUUGUUUGAUGAGGUGGUUAUGGCCACCAUAUCCAAAACACCAGACAUCAAAACCGUUCAAGAGGAGAUUGCUGAUCAGUUGGGUCUUCGUUUUGAAGAGGUAACUGUAGCUGGUAGAGCACCUCGCCUAUACGAGAGAAUAAAAAAGGAGAAAACCAUCCUUCUCAUACUGGAUGAUAUUUGGGAAGCCCUUGACUUGAAGAAAGUAGGCAUUCCCUCUGAUGGUGAACAUAAUGGCUGCAAAUUAUUGAUGACUUCUAGAACCUUAGAUUUGCUACGACAUAUGGGAGUCAAAGAACAUUUUAGACUAGAAGUUUUAAAUGAAGAAGAAUCAUGGAGCUUGUUCCAAUCUGAGGCUAAUAAUUUAGACAAAGAACCCGACAAGCAUCAAAUUGCAUUCCAGUUGGCAAAAAGGUGUGCAGGAUUGCCUAUUCUCAUAGUUACUAUGGCGCGCUCAUUGAUAGAUCAAAACAUUCAUGCGUGGAAAGAUGCUUUGAGCCAAUUAGAAAAGGUUGACAAUGAAGAGUUGCAGGAGAUAACUUAUUCAGCUUUGGAGUUAAGUUACAAAAGGCUAAAAGGCAAUGAGAUGAAAGCUUUUUUCUUGCUCUGUGCAACAAAUGGUAAAAAUCCUUCUGUCAAUGACCUAUUCAAAUAUGGGAUGGGUCUAGGUAUAUUCAACAGCACAAAUACAAUGGAAGGUGCCAGAAAUAGACUACAUAACAUGAUAAGUGCAUUAAAGGCAUCUUGUUUGUUGUUAGAAGAUGACACAAUCACAAGGGUCAAAAUGCAUGACGUUGUUCGUGAAGUAGCUAUCUCCAUCGCUUAUAGGGAUUAUCACAUAUUAGCCAAGUACGGAGACGGAGAUAAGUUGAGGGAAUUUCCCAAUAUGGAUAUUCUUAGCAACUGCUCCCAGAUCAUUCUGCAGAAUUGUGGUUUUCGCCAGCUUCCUGAAAAGUUAGAUGGUCAUAAUCUAAAAUUGUUCCACUUGAGUAACUUUGUGGAUCAAUGUGUUCUGGAAAAUAUUGAUGCAGUAGGAGCUUUAAAAAAUUUAGAAAUACUGAGUCUCUUACAGUCAUCGAUGAUAAAACUUUCAAGCGAAAUAGGGAAAUUGAGUCAUUUAAGAAUGCUCGAUUUGGGUGAUUCUGGGAUUGAAAUCAUCCCAGCAGGCGUCAUAUCAAGCUUGAUCAAAUUGGAGGAGUUAUACAUGGGCAAUACCUCCAUUAAGUGGAAGAUUGAGAAUUUAGACAAUCAAGAUGAAAAUGCCAGCCUUGAUGAACUUCGUCAGUUGUCAAGCCUAACAAGUCUAGAGCUACAGAUACAAGAGGCAUGGAUGUUGCCAAGAGACUUGAUGUUUGAUAAAUUAGAAAGGUUCAAAAUUGUUAUUGGAGACGUUUGGGAAUGGGCUGAUAUUGACGACGUCACAUGGAAAACAUUGAAGCUCAAGCUUGGCACCAAUAUUCACUUGGAGCAUGGGAUCAAAGGAUUGAUCAGAAGAGCAGAGAAUUUGUAUUUGGAUGAAGUUGAAGGCAUUUCGAAUGUACUCUACCAAUUGAAUAGGGAUGGAUUUCCUCAACUGAAGCACCUCCACAUCCAAAAUAAUGCCUUAAUUCAGCACAUCAUUGAUUUUACAGAGAGGUCUCAUAUUCCAACCCCAUUUCCAAACCUGGAAAAACUGGUGAUUCAGAAUCUCGGUAAGAUGGAGAAAAUUUGUCAUGGGCCACUUGCAGUUGGUUUCUUCUCCAAGCUCCGAGCCAUCAAAGUUGAAAAAUGUAACAAAGUAAAAUAUCUUCUCUCUGUAUCCAUGGUUAAAGGGAUGCCUCAGCUUUCAGAGUUGGAAAUUUCUCAAUGCAAUCUUAUGGAAAAGGUAGUGUUUGAAGAUGAUGAUGCAAGUGCAAUGAAUGACGAAACCAUUCAGUUUCCAUUGCUCCAUUCUCUGACUCUACAACAUUUGGAUGCGCUUGAAUGCUUCUAUUCUCAUCAGCCAACAUCUUCUCCAAUAUCCCUUUUCAAUAAUCAAGUUGCAUUUCCUAAUUUGGACACACUCAAGUUGAGCUCGCUCAAUUUGAACAAAAUUUGGAAGGAUAAUCGACACUAUUUUUGCAAAUUAAGAAAUUUGAUUGUUGAGAAUUGUGAUGGUCUAAAGUAUUUGUUCUCACCUGCCAUGGUGGAGAGUUUUUCCAGCCUCAUAAAGCUUGAAAUAAGUGAAUGCCAUCUAAUGGAAGAGAUAAUAGCUGUAGAAGAAGAUAGUGACAACAAUAUUGUCACACUAGAAGAGGUUCGAUUUUUCAAAUUGCAAACAAUUAUCUUGAAGAAUAUGAAGAGUUUGAAGAAAAUAUGGCACAAAGAAUUUUCUAAAGUAAAGACUUUACAAGUAAAAAAUUGUGAGAAAAUUAGAGCAAUUUUUUCUUCUUCAAUGCAAAAAGUAUAUAAUGAUCUUGAGACAUUAAUGGUUACUAACUGUGCUUCGGUAGAAGAGAUAUUUCAACUGAGUUCUGAUGAAAAUUAUAGUACAGAACAAACACAGCUGAAAAAAAUUACUCUAAAAGAAUUGUCGAAGUUAAAACAAAUAUGGAGCAAGGAUCCUGAAAGAGCUCUUAAUUUUUACAAUCUAGAGGAAAUAAAUGUAGAGAGCUACAUAAACUUGGAAUUUGUAUUUCCAUGUUCAGUAGCCACAAGUUGCUCACAUCUUAAAGAACUUAUAAUUAAAUGGUGUGAAAACAUGAAGAAAAUUAUUGCAUUCAAGGAAGAACCCAUGUUCUUAUCUAUUUCCUUUGAGUUUAACCAUUUAAAUACUUUGGUGCUUUGGGACUUGCUUAAACUCAAAGGGUUCUAUGCACGAAAUUACACAUUAUCAUGUCCAUCUUUGAGAAAAUUAGAUAUUACAGGAUGUGUGACGUUAAAUUUGUACAGAACUCUUUCUACAAGUAGUCAUCAAAAGCUUUCAGAUGACGAAUAUAUUAUUUCAACACAACAACAUUUGGUAGCUGAACAGGUAAUGCCUAAUUUAGAGCACUUGAGAAUAGAUGAAAAGGAUGCUGCCAACAUAUUGCAAACCCAAAAUAUAGGUUCCUUCUUCGACAAAAUAUCAUUUCUUGCUCUAUCCAAUUACAAGACCGAAGGUUCUGCUUUUCCUGAUCAGGUUCUGCAGAAUAUAUGCAGUUUGAAACGGCUACAUGUUGAGUGGAGUUCCUUUAAGAAGAUAUUUCAUGAUAAAAGGCUUACAAAUGAAAAAACUUGUACAAAGCUCCAAAGUUUGAUACUCUAUCAAUUACCAAAUCUUCAACAUAUAUGCGAAGAAGGACUGCAAAUUGACCCAGUUCUCGAGCUUCUUGAAGAUUUAUUUGUUUAUGGAUGUUCAACUUUGAUAAACAUUGUUCCUUCUUCUGUUACCUUUUUCCAUUUGACCUAUCUUGAGGUAGCAAAUUGCAAUAGCAUGAUAAACUUACUUUCUCCUAGUACAGCAAGAAGUCUGGCCAAACUCACCGUAAUGAAGGUAAAACAAUGUGAUUCACUUGAGGAAAUAUUGUCCAAAGAGAGAGAGGAGAUAACAAAUGACAUUGCAUUUUUCUCUUUGCAAACUUUGGAGUUGGAUUCUUUACCAAGACUCGGUAGGUUUUGCUCACAAAAGUGCUUCCUAAGAUUUCCAUUGUUGAGGAAAGUAGUGGUCAGAAAAUGUGCUCGCAUGAAGUACUUUUCUGAAGGAGACAAGGUGAGCACACCAAAGCUUGGAAAAGUGCUAACAGCAGAGAAUAGAAAAGAAUUUUAUUGGAAGGGUGACUUGAAUGACACCAUAAAACACAUGUUUGAAAAUAAGCUGACCGAGUCAAAACCUACUGCUCAAGUCUGACGAAUGCCGUUCAUGUUCCUGGUGAAAAAGAAAAGAGUCGCUUUCCUUCCAGGACCGGAUAAGGUCAAACUCUGGGCGGGCUGCCAGGUUUCGCCUACGCUACGGUUUCAAAUCGCAAUAGUUAGGAGAGGUGCACCAGCGGCGAGCAGAAGCAAGGUUAUUAGAUACCUCAGGAAAGUCCGGCCAGAACCACACGUGCAAGUUUCCCUGCAUGUGGCUCAUCCGUGAUAACUUAUUCGGAUUUGCGCG